CGAGCCGCCCGUUUCGCUUCGCUUCGCAUAUAGCCACAAAUAGCGGCCGAGCGCCGCAGGCCCGUCGCCUCGCCUCGCCUCGCCGUAGCGAUGGACGACCUCGGUUGGGGCUCCCGUUUCCCUUCCUACCUCGACGCGCGCGACCGCCGUCCCGACGCCGUCAAGCGCGAGCUUCCGGACGAUGCCGGCCCCCGCCUCUUCUGCGACGCGUGCGGCGGCGUCGAGUUUGACAGCGGCGACGACGGGUUCUACUACUGCCGCCUUUGCGGCUCCCAGAGCCAGGACGUCCUCGACACCGGCUACGCGGAGGAGGACGUCUUCGGCGACGCCCAAGGCUCAGGCGCGCUCUACCACAUCCACCGCCACCGCGCCCAAAAGCACUCGCAGGACCCCGCCGCCCCCGCGAUUUCCAAGGACGACGUCCUUCGGUCCCUCUCCAAGUCCCUCGCCGCCGGCUCCGGCGGAGCCGUGAAGAAGGAACAGGAGAAGGCGCUGCCGUACGGAUUCGAUGAUGAGCCGUCGGAGCCGAGGGAUUUCGGGGCGGGCCCCUGCCUCGACGCCGAGACACUCGCGAGGGGGAUCCGGCUUCGGUACGUGCAGGGGUUGCAGGUGAUCCUGCAGCUCCAGUGUGAAGCUCUGGUAGAGAAGUUUGGCGUGAGCCCCCUGAUCUGCGGCCUCGCGGGCACCAUCUGGUUGCGGUUUGUAGCGUCUUCCAUGGUGUUUGAUGAGGGUUGGGGACAGAAGGUGAUUGCCGAGUCCGAGGCUACUGUCUCACAAUCAAGGGAUGACAAUCUUGUUGCAGAAGUGCAAACACCUGCUAAGCAUAUCAAAGCUAAAUAUACAACAGAGCCACGCAAUGCAGUUGGACGGAGAGCUAUUUAUAUAUGGCUUCGUGCAUUGAGAAAGACAAUUCCUGUGUAUUCCUCUCUUGCUAUUUCCUUUUUGGCUUGCCAUAUUGCACGAGAAGCAAUUCUGCCAACCGAUAUAGUUAAAUGGGCAUCAGAGGCAAAACUUCCUUACCUCACAGCAUUUUUGGUACUUGAUAAGUAUCUUGGAAGUUCGUCAAGUUCUUGCCCAUUAAGUUCGAGGCUUUUGUUUAGGCCUGUCCGAGUUAUUGGAUCUUGGCAAUUAGAAGCAGUAGCUGGUUCUAUUGCACAAAAAAUUGGACUGAACCUUCCUUCUGUGAAUUUUUAUGCUAUCGCAUCUCGGUACCUGAAAGAUCUCUCUCUUCCAAUAGAAAAGAUUCUUCCACAAGCAUGCCGCCUUUAUGAGUGGUCAAUCCCUGCAGAUCUAUGGUUGUCUUGUAACACAUCUAGGCUUCCAACUCGUGUUUGUGUUAUGGCAAUUCUGAUUGUAACAGUAAGAAUCCUGUACAACAUACAUGGCCAAGGGUUCUGGGAAAUGACUUUGUUGGAUGCAAGUGACACCCCAAGAUGUCAAACUCGAAAUCCUGAUGUCUUCAGUUUGAGUCCUGCAGGGAAGCUUGGAGAUGCAGCUGGUGGUGCUAAAGGAUCUUGCUUCACUACAAAUUCCUCAGCAGUUAAGAACAUGUCAAGCAUCAAGAGUGCUGAUUUCAACACUAAGGAGCUGUUGGACAUUCUUCAAGCUGCACAUGAUAAGAUCGGCACCGCGCAUGAUUAUUCAAGAGACUUGAGGUCUUACCUCAAAUACUGCCAGGAUGUAGUUUUUGGUGGAAUGACCACCUCAUAUGAUGAGCAGACACUAAUAGAAAGAUUCUGGGAAACAUACGACAAACAAGAGUACAAGCGAAGGCAAUCUUGUGAGUUUAGUCUACCUUUGUGUCAGGACGAUAUUCAACAAGAGAGUCUAAAAGAUGAGCUUCUUGAUUCAAAGGGUAAGAGACAGAGAGAAGUACCUGCUACCUCUUUCUUUGAUUUCAAAAGAAGGGAACAGAGCAAAAGUAGCCAACACAUAAACAGAGAGAGAUCACCUGAUGAUUAUGGUGGUACAACCAGCAGAGAUGGUUUUGCAAACUCUGCUGAUCCAAAUGAGAAAGAUCCUCUUUGUAAUUCUUCUUUGACGCCUUCCAGAAAUGCUGCAGUGGAAAGAAUGAAAUUGAGCAUGGAGGAGAGUGGGUUUUAUUACCUACCUCCUAGAGUUCAGAAGAGAACAGAUGGUUAUCUUCACUAUAAGAGAAAGAGAUUAGAUGGAAAACUAAUUUGUGUUGCACAUGCUGAUUAUUACAUAGUAUUACGGGCUUGCGCAAAGGUUGCUCAGGUUGAUAUGCGGAUGAUGCAUCUUGGGGUCCUGAAAUUUGAGAGAAGACUUGCUUGGAUUGAACAACGGAUUGAUAGCAGCUUGAACACGUUACCUCAGCUUUUGCAUCAGAUGCAAGACAACUAAUAACUUCAUCACAAGUUAAAGGAGUUUUCUACCGUGGUCUCUCUUUCAUGAUGGCGACAAGAAAGAUUUUAAUUUGAUGAAUUAGAGAAUACUCUAGGCGGAGAAUACCAGAAAGCAGCCUUCAUCUGAGAUGUUUCCUGUCUGCAGCUUUGGAACACAGUAAUUUCAAGUGCUCAUGAGAGGUCAUGAAACUGCGAGUUAGUCAACCGUGAAAUGAUGAGAGAUUUACAAAAUUAUUAAAGCACACAUUGUUUCAAGGACAACGUCAAUUGCUUUCAUGCUCUCCAAUUUUGUUUCCUCCACGGACUCUGGUUACUGUUUCCAGCACCAUGGUAGAUUUUCAACGUAUGCAGCAAUGUUCCUCACAUUAUAUAUUCUUCAUCCACUGGCCUAGUUGUCCUUGUCCAUAGCGCCAGGUUUCAUGUAAACGACACCAGCAUCCAGGUGCCAGUUCAGACUUUAUCUGCACUCAAAAGGAAGUAGCGGCCUUUUCUGGUUCAAGGGCUGCACAAUCUGCAAAUUUGAGUACAGUAUAAGCAUGAGAUCAUCUAAAACAACGGUACCAUGGCUGUUCUUGCAGACCAUCAAAUGAUCAUUCCGCAGCACGCCUGGUUGGAAACACUUUGUUAUGGGCUUGAAAGCAAGAUGCAAAUCUCCUGUUGCUUAGCAUCAGUUUGGAAGAUACCUAGAUUCGCUGGAUGGACGCUGCUUGGUCUUUUCUUAAGCUGUUCAUCAGAAAGUUAACAAGGGAAAGGAGCAAAUGGGAGCUAUAAUUUUCAGCUAGACGCCACACAACAAACCACCCCCAUGGAAGGCAAUGUAAAAGUUUCCUCUUCUUCUUCCGACGUCGAUUCUCUCAUUUUCUUUUUCUUCUAAGCAUCCUUCCGAUCGGUAUCAGUGAUGUUGCGAGUGGGAAUGGCUGCUUGCAGCAGUGCGACAGCCACAGCUAGGGCAUUACGGGUGGUGCUUUUCCUGCUUUUGUUGCCCGGUGAUGCUUUAUCUUGUACUGAAUUUUUUUGGGUAUGAUGGUAGUGACAGCUGAUUCUAGAACAAAUAAUUGUAGAUGUUCCUCGUGUUGGCUAGAACUGAAAGGACUCCAUUUGAUGUGAAGGCAAGUUUGGUCUGAUGAUUUGUUGUGAUUGUAGAUUGAAUUGUUGUGAUUGUGGUCAACAAAUGUUUUAGGUUGAUGAUUUAUAACUUGUUACUUGUAGUGAUUGUGGUCAACAAUUGUUGUGAUAACACAAUACAAAUUCCAUUGAUGAUUUAUAACUUGUUACUUGUAGUAUUUCAUCUGAUUCCUUGUA